UCUGUGGCCCAGAUCUAUUUGCUCGUGGCCGGAGUGAUGCUCUGCUGCAUCCCUACCUGCUCUCCUGGCUCGGUCUUGCCUUGGUACCAUAGCCUAGAAAACAGGGAACUCUUCAAACUUCUGCAACAACUGAAAAGUAUUCCCUCUCAGUCCUGCCUAAAUGACAGAACCGACUUCAAAUUCCCUUGGAAAAGAGGGACUAUCACUCAAAUACGGAUGACACAAGGCAUUUGCUUCCACCAUCAGAUACUCCAGCAGAUCUUCAACCUCUUCAGCACAAAGGAAAGCCAUGCCGUUUGGAACAACGCUCUUCUCCAUAAAAUACUCUUCAGCCUUGAUCACAGCCUGGAACAACUGCAGCACAGGGAAGAAGAAAAUCUGGCCUGUCCUCACUUGGAAAUUGUUGUCUGCAAAUAUUUCCAAGGAAUCAAUCUCCAUCUGAAGGAAAAAGAAUACAGCCCUUGUGCCUGGGAGGUUGUCAGAAGGGAAAUUAAAAUGUGCCUUUCUCUCAUUUGACAAUCCUCAAAGACAAGGAAACAAAGAAUAAAGUGAUACUCAUGACACUCCCUAAUACAUUACAGUGUUUGC